AUGCUUUCAAGUGCUGACGAGGCGGCAGCUGCCCUGUGCGUGCUGGCGCGCUCUUUCACUGCUGUGGUGCCACGGCCAUGCGCCCGCGGCAGUGCUAAUCCGUUGCCCGCACCUGCUGCGGAGUUGAAGCAGAAGCUGGCGGCAUCUGGUGAGAGCGCUGCGGCCAGGGCAGGAGGCGGCACCAACAUUGUAAUGGGCGCGCCGAACAUCGUGGUUACUCCCAAGCAGCAGUUGCAGCAGCAGUUACAGCAGCACUCCUUCUGCCGGGCCCUCAAGGUCGCCACUGAUCUGCAUGCAGAGAUGGUGACUAAGGGCGACCCGGCCACCUGGGCGGCCAACCGCAAGGCAGCUCUGGAGAAGCUGCGCGAGAAGAAGAAGCUGCGCAACUUCAAGAAGAAGGUCCGCUACGAGAGCCGCCGCCGCCUCGCCGAAUCCCGGCCGCGCGUGCGCGGCCAAUUUGUCAAGGCAUCUGUGAUCGCCGCUGCCUGCCCCGCAAGCUAG